CACGUCCGGUUGGCAGCGGAGCCGCUCCCUCUCAGCUGGAGUCGCGGGGCUCUUCAGGCCUUGUUUCUGGACCCGCAGCCUCCGCGAAGCGCCAUGGCUCCGGCUAGGAAGGGCAGCAGUCGGGUGGCCAAGACCAACUCGCUCCGGAGCCGGAAGCUCGCCUCCUUUCUUAAGGACUUCGACCGCGAAGUGCAAAUACGAUCCAAGCAAAUUCAGUCAGACAGGCAGAACCUCCUGAAGGAGAUGGAUAACCUGUACAACAUCGAGAUCCUGAGGCUCCCCAAGGCGCUGCGCGAGAUGAACUGGCUCGACUACUUCGCCCUUGGAGGAAACAAGCAGGCCCUGGAAGAGGCAGCAACAGCUGACCUGGAUAUCACAGAAAUAAACAAACUAACAGCAGAAGCUAUUCAGACACCCCUGAAAUCUGCCAAAACACGAAGGGUACUCCAAGUGGAUGAAAUGAUAGUGGAAGAAGAAGAAGAAGAAAAUAAAAAUAAGAGUCUUCAAAGUGCGAGAGUGAAAAGGUGUCCUCCAUCCAAGAAGAGAACCCAGUCCGUGCAAGGAAAAGGCAAAAGCCAAAGGUCCAGCCAUUAUAACACUGUUACCCCAGCUGUGGGCCGACUGGAGCUGUCUAUGGUGAAACCAACUCCAGGCAUGACACCCAGGUUUGACUCCAGGGUCUUCAAGACCCCAGGCCUGCGUACUCCAGCAGCCAGAGAGCGGAUUUACAAUAUCUCGGUGAAUGGCAGCCCUCUGGCCGACAGCAAGGAGGUCUUCCUCACUGUGCCAGUGGGAGGCGGAGAGAGCAUGCGAUUGUUGGCCAGUGACUUACAGAAGGUUGAUAUCGCACAACUAGACCCAGAGGCCUUGGGAAACAUUAAGAAGCUCUCCAGCCGUCUUGCCCAAAUCUGCAGCAGCAUACGGACUCACAAGUGAGGCUGCUCUUCCAAGAAGCCAAACUUGACAGGAUGGACCUUCCGUGGGCACUUCUGGGACCCUGAAGAGGCCUCUUCCCUUCAGCCUUAUUGUUUGUUUGUGAAGUUCCAGAGCAGGGAGUGGCGUUCCUCUGGGAGAAUUCGGCAAGUGGGGAGACACCUGUUCUGCCAUCAGUUAGAGAAAGCUUUGCUAUUCACACUUGCCAACCCCAGUGACAAAGGCACUGCCUGCUGCAUCCAUGCAAUCAGGACUUCCUGUCAUUCCCUCGACUCAGUUCUCCUUCCUGCCCUUGGACCUGCCAUCUUCCGCCUCCUGUCACUCAGCGUCCUCUUUGCCCUGCCCUCACUCCAGUGGACGUGGCAUCAAAGAACCUCAUGUUCUCAGGAAGACUGCCUUCUCACCCUCACCAGAGAACCCUCUGCGCUUGGCUUUUCCGCUCUGUGCGUGCUUGAGGCUGGCAGGUUUAGGUUCCGUGAAGGGAGAGCUCUGGGCUAUGAGAGAGCAGAUCCAGAAAGCUGGGGGGGACUGUCCCAUGGGGCCAGAACAGCAGAACAGGACGCGUUGCAGCAGUGACCACAGCAGAACACCCCUCCCUCCCGCGCCCGUCCCGUCUUUCUCCUGGGGUGGGUGCUAGAGGGGCUCUUUGGGCUCUUACACCUGCUCUGCCUGAUUGUCUUGUUCAACCUGACUGGAACGGUGUUUGUAUUUAUCCCUGUUUACCGAAGACCAAAAAUCAGCUUAGCGGCAGCUUCCGUGUCUCGCUCCUCUACCUCUCUAGUUAGUGGGAGUUUGGAGAAGGGAAUCUAGGGUUUUUAUGUGAUUGGCCGCAGAGCGCCAUCUCCAAGCUCUCCGUGCUCCCUGCCAGCUCUUUAGACUUCGCAGAGAGCACUUCUCUUUCAUGGUGUUCAUUGGGGGUGCAGGUGGAACUAGUCUGGUGGCCUCAUUCCGUGUGUUUGGCCUGUGUCCUGGACGUGGACUAGUUAUUUGGGGUCAGCACUGAGAUCCCUGUGCUCCAGCCAGCGCCUCUGCCCCAAGAAUCGUGCGACGUGGUCCAAGACUGGGACUGAGAGGUCCUACCCCACACCAAGGGCGCUGUGCUCUCGAGUGUGGUUCUUGGUUGUACUGAAUAUUAUUUUGCUACAUGACCAUUCUAAUGAUCCAGGCUUGCUCAAGAUGUAUUCUUUUCACGUUGUUUUAUUCUCCCUUUCCUGAGACUUUUGUACAUAUUGUUUUCCUGAGUAAUGGUCUCUGUAAGCUGGUUUUUUCUAAUCAGAGCUACUGAAAGGUACCUGUUUUCAAUAAAUUGUGGGUUUUUGUUUUU